GUCACAGUUUUCCGUUGGCUUCAGACGAAUAGUGCAAGAAAAAAUUAUAAGAAAAUUUAAAUUUACAAAGGAUUACAUUUCAAUGGAGAACAUCAACAAAAGAGAAUUAGUGAAGCGUCGUAAAAGGCGUUCCAUGAGGGACCGGUUGGAUCGUAGCUACCGCCAGAAGCGUCAGUCCAGUCCGCCACAACUGGUGGCCCCAAAGCCAUCGAGCAGCAGCCUGGCCAGGAGGAGAUCCAAGACGUCUCCGUUCGAGUGGCGAAAGAGGGUGAAGCACUUAGACUAUCUGGAAGACCAGUACAGGCGUGAGGAGCAGGAAAUGUGGAGCCUGGAGUUCCCAUCCGAAGAGUGCCCCAAGCUGGAACCACCGCCCAUAAUUUGCAAGCCAAAAAAUCGCGCGAAGACCGUCGGCGUUCAGGUGGAUGUUCCAGUGCUCUCUCCGCGGGCUAAACGCGAUCUCUGUGGGCGCGAGCGUAAACAACGGGAGAUUCUGGAGCGACGGGAACGGGAGCGAGUCGAGAAACUGAUUAGGGAGCAGGAGCGGGAUCGGCAAAGGACUUUGCUGGCCAAGCAGCUGCAACUGGACCGCCAGCGCCUUGAAAAAGCACGUCAAUUGCGCGAUCGGCGGUUGCGUGAGCAGCAACAAAAGGUAAAGGAACGGCGCGACUACGAACGCUACCUGAUGUUUAAAAAGCGGGAGGAGCAACGACUGCGGGAUCAGCGUUGGCGGGCUCGGCGCCGUCCUUCCACACCUUCAUCGCAGAAUGUAGAGGUAGUGGAGGAAGUUGGAACCGAUCUCGGGGAGGACCUCAGACACAUGUCCCGGACCGCAAUGACUGUUCCAGCCGAUUCAGAGGAUACUCAGAGUACGAGGCGCGAGCAACAGUUGCACCUGCGGGCGGAGAACGUAAGACACAAGGUGUUGGCCUAUGAGCAGCUUAAGGAAUUCCAUCGAGAAAGAGCGAGGUCCGGGCGGUAUCGGCAACUCAGGAUGCGGGAAACACCCGAAGAAAAAGCCAAAAAACAAGAGAAAGAAGAGAAGAAACAAAGAUAUCAGGAAAAUAAAAAACUUGAACGAAAACAUUCGGAAAAAUUAAAAAGUGAACUAGAGGAAAUGAAGGACUUUCAAAGAAAAGCAUGCGAACAAGAAGAAAUAAAGAUUGAGAGGCUCAAAAUGAAACUCAAUGAGGUUCGAGAACGAGAAAGAAGGCGGAAUGAGGAAAUGAAGCUGAUUUCACAAAGGACAAAAGAACUUGAAAAAAGAGAACGAGAGGAGUGCGAAAGAAUCGCUAAGGAAGAAAAGUUUCAGAGAGAGAAAGGGCUUUUGGAGAAGCUCAAGCGGAACAGGAGCGAAAAAGAUGAGUUAGAGAAAAAAGCCAGAGAGGAAGAUCUCAAGAGGGAACAGUUUCUAAAGCAGUGGCUUCAAAUGCAAGAUAAGGAGAGAGAAGAGCGAGAGGAACGAGAGGAACGUCAGAAAAGGGUCAUUCCAGAAGGUGAAAUGAAAACCCAGAACACAGUAGAUAUGGGAGAUCAAGCUAAUGAGCUAAGAAAAGAAGAACUUGAUCUAAUGGAAAGGGAGAAUUUAUUAAAGGAACGGCAGGGAAUGACAAAACUCGAAGAAGUGAAAGCCAGGGACCAAAGACUUCAGAAAAUUAGACAGAUAAGGGAAAGAGAACUCCAGGUGGAAUUCGAGACAAGGGAAGUCGCAAAACAACUCAAGGAGCAACUCGAAAGACAAUUGGAGCUCCACACAAAUAGAGAGAUGGGUCAAAAGCCCUUGGAGGAAACGGCGUUUCCAAAAUUGGAAGAUCUGGAAACAGAAGAAAAAAUACUGGUGACCGAAAGCCAGAAUUUUGAGGAUAAGGCGCCUCAUGGGACCCAAAUUAGUGAGGACAGAACAAAGAGCAUUGAAAGUGAGACAAAAAGAAAAAGCCAACCGAAUGAUAUGGAAAAAUAUCCAGGAGACAUGAAUACCCAGCAUGGUUCAUCUAGCAAGGAUAUUCUUAGCGCGUCUCACACCAAGGUCCAGCAGUUUUGUCAGCAAGCUGAACCCCAAGCGGAAGGAAAUCAAGAAAGGGAUGGCAAGCUUAACGAUCAGGUCCUGGAGCGGCGACAAGUACUCGAGGAGUUGCGUUUGGAAGCGGGAAAACUGGCGGACCAGCAUUCUUUGGCCAGACGUUGCCGGAGGAAGGAAUCAUUUGAAAUCCAGGACGAGAAUAUCAAGAAUGCGGUUACAGAACCGUAUCCUUCCGAGGAAGUAGUCGACGAAAACUGGUCUUGUAUGUUAACGCAAGACAAACAAACUGCAGAUAAGACUCGGCAACCAAAAAUCCAACGACUUAGCUCCAGUCGCGAGUAUUUCCAGCCGGGAUCCCCACAGACUCGAAGCGAACGAUGGUCUCGCUUUAUUGGAAGUGAAAGGGAAUCCGAAUCUGAGGAUCUUGGAGGACGAGGACGCAAUCGUGUGAGCUCCUCUAGCGGCGAAAACGAUGCACAGAAGGCUCCCCGCUACUCCUUGGUUGGCAGUUAUUGCCCUAGCAAGAAGAUCUAUACGGUGGAAGCACAGAACAUUCAACCAACUCCAUAUGGAAACACCGAACAGCAGGAAGCUUAUGGCUCCUAUGUUCGCAAUCGGGUGGCUAAUUGGCGGAAAUCGCUUCGACCAAAUUCAUAUUCCACGGACGAGGAAGAAAUUGUGGAGAGACGGGAAAGGAAUGGUGGUAAAUCGUACAACGUUGGCUUGACUUUCUGCACGCAAACUGGUAAGAAGCGUUAUCCGCAGAAUAAACAACGUCAAUUUAAGCAGAGAGAAGGCCAGGUCCAGCAGAGAAGGGUAUUUGGCCAGCUCCUAACAGAAGCUCGGUCAUCUGACUACCAUCAGGAAAUACUGAACGGCGAAAACUGUCUUUUACAGCAAAAGCUGUCUGAGGGCCAAACCAAAGCUACAAACAAUUAUGUUCAGGAAGCUCUUUUGCAGGCGGCUUGCAGAAUAAUCAGUCUUUUAAAGAAUGAUCAAGCCUUUGCCAGUUCCGAGGAAGAGUUUGAAACUCCGGAAGAUGGAUUACCCGAGCAGAUUCAUCGACAGGAGACCGAAAGCAAGAUAAAGUUACCCAGACCUAUAUUUAAAACGCUAAUGGAACCCCUGCUUCCACUAACUCUUCCCCAUCUUUUUGAAAAGUUUGUCAUGUUGGACAACGAGCUGGAGGCGCAUUUAAGAAAGUUAAGCAUCCGUGUUUUCGGGGGACAGGGUGGUAAAGAUAUGCGACGAGAAGUGGAGCGAAUGAUGGACCAACAGCGGCAGGUACAAAGCAUUCAUCUGGCCAAAAUGUGCCGGGACUCCGAGGAACAGACGCUGCGCCAGUGGAGGCGUCUGGCCAGGAACUCCCUACUUGGACUGAAUAACAUUUUUAAAGAUUAUUGCGACAUGCGUGACGCACUGCCAUGCGUAACCCUUCAGACCAUCGAGCGGCUAUACAGUGAAUGGAAGGUGCGGAGGUUUACUGUCGAUUAGAUACGAGUGUUACUGAAAUGUCGCAAUUUUGUUAUUUUACGCUUUAUUUGUUAACUUUUUAAAAUUCUUGUUAAAUGUUGUGUAAUAAUAUUGGCCUAUGUUGCCAGAGUUGGGAACAAAU